AAAGAGAGACGAACGAUAACCAGUUCGUUGUCUCAGAACGCUUCGUAUCACAGUAACUACACCGUGAUAUAAAUAUGAAGGAAAAGGCCGAAACCGCACAAACGAGCGUCGCUUGUUGGUGAAGAGACAGAUAUAGUUGUGUGGCCAGCGAUUAGCUAAACAAAAUGGCUACUUUUACUAAAUUGGCGUUUUUAGCAAUCUUACUUAGUAGCAGCAAUGCCGGUAUCCUACAUGGAGGUCACAGCGGACUCGCAGUGCCGCCGCCACCUCCUUCCAUCAGCGCCUCGAGCUUCUCCCCGAGCAGCUUCCCAUCGGGUUCUCUGCCUUCAGCUACGUUCUCUGGCAACGGCUUCCAUAACGGUGGCCUAGCUCUUGAGUCUCAUGGCUCUGGGUUCGAUGCAUCUGGUGACGCCGGGCCUGUUCUUGCCGCCGCGACUCUACCCGGUGCUGGAAUAAGUGGACCAGUGGGAGCUACUUUAACUGGGCCUUCUGGCGCCGGCUUUGGGGCUCCAGUGAGUGGAUCCUUUGGCGCACCAUUAGGCGGACCUGGUGUGCCUUUGGCUGGACCUCUUAACUUCGGUGGUGGUGCUCUACCGGGACCCAAGGCUCCAGUAAUUAAUGAAAUUCACGGACUCGCCAAUAGCAACGGAGCACCAACACAGUACCGAGUACGCGAUGAACCUUACCAAGUCGUGCGUGACGUCACACACAGAGUACCCCAGCCUGUACCCGUGCCCGUUCCCCAGCAAGUUCAAAUCCCAGUUCCUCAACCCUAUCCCGUCCAAGUACCAGUUGUCAGAAAUGUACCAGUACCAGUUGUCAAGAUUCAACACGUCAAUGUUGACAAGCCCGUGCCUUACCCAGUGGAAAAGAUCGUUAAAGUUCCAGUGGAGAGAGUUGUUAAGGUCCCCGUAGACCAUCCCGUACCAAUUGAGAAAAUCGUCGAGGUUCCCAUCGUAAAGGUAGUAGAGGUGCCUGUUCAUGUGGUCAAGACCUACCCCGUUCCUGUGGUGAAGACAGUCCAUCACAAGGCGCACGUCAGCCACGGACAUGGACACGGCCACGGCCUCAGCCUGGGGCACGGCCACGGCCACGGCCACGGUUGGUCUCAAUGGUAAUCUCAGCUCGUCCUCAGCGCGACCAGUGUACCUCAAUAACCUCCCUGCUAGUCUAACAUUUUGUACAUAUUUGCCAUCAUAAGCUCAUCGAGAGGCUGCAAUGUAGGGUGAUAACUAAGUCAUUAAGUUAGGUCAAAGAAUUGUGUAUACCUUUUUCUUUGUAAAUAGUAAUAUAGAAUGUUACUUUAAUAAAAAAAUAUCCAAAGA